CGCAGGCGCAGUCAAUAGAGGGGAAAGAUGGCGGCGUCCUCUGCUGCUGCUACAGCUCGCGCUGCCUCUGCUGUCAAACCAAUACUGAGCAGAGACCUUGGAGAAGCAAAGCGGCGUGUUCGGGAUCUGUACCGAGCCUGGUACAGAGAGGUGCCCAAUUCUGUCCAUGUGUUCCAGCUGGACAUUACAGUCAAACAAGGAAGAGAUAAGGUGCGGGAGAUGUUUCAGAAAAAUGCUCAUGUCACAGACCUGAGAGUCAUCGAUAUGCUUGUAAUCAAGGGUAAAAUGGAACUUGAAGAGACAAUAAAAGUGUGGAAGCAAAGAACGCACAUUAUGCGCUACUUCCACGAGACUGAGACUCCGCGGCCUACAGAUUUCCUCUCAAAAUUUUAUGCUGGACAAGACCCCUAAAUGUACAAAUAUCAUUUAUUGUGCUAAUAAACUGGUGUGAAUUGUCCACCUUAAGUCAGUGUUCUGUGGAAUGAAGGACUAUUUUAUCCAAAUACAAAGGCUUAAUUUGUACCUUAAAAUAAAGUAACUGUUAUAAUGAAA